AUGUUACAGAGCGCCGCUUUUGUGUUGCUCCUCGCCGGCAGUGGCGUCUGGGCCGCCGCCACGUCGGAGCCGCUCAUCUCGGGCGCCGGCCAGAAAGCAGCCAUUCCUAGGUGGGAUUUCCGGUCCACGGCGGGUCUCGCUGACAAGGACCUCGCCAAGCUCUCGCAAGCUGGCGGCGUGGACACUUCCUCGUGGCACCACGUCGAGGCGUCGCGCUGCACGCUCAUGGGCUGUCUGCUGGAGAAUGGCGAGUACAAGGACAGCGACCUCUGGUUCUCGAACAACCUCGAACACUUUAACGGGACUCGGUUCGCCGUGCCCUGGGUCUACCGCAGCGAGUUUGCGCUGCCGGGUGCAGCAGACCGGCGGCGGCGGCCGCCGCGGCGGCAGCACUUUUUGCUCGAGACAAACGGCAUCUCGUCCAAGGCGGACCUCUACCUCAAUGGGCGGCAGGUGGCCGACGCCGCGUUCCAGGCGGGCGCCUACGCAGGGCAUAUUUAUGACGUGACGGAGCUGGUGGCCGCCAAGGAGGAGGAGGCCAACGCGCUGCUGGUGCGCGUGCAUCCGACGCAGUACCUGUACGACUUUGCCGUCGGCUUCGUGGACUGGAACCCGUACCCGCCGGACAAUGGCACCGGCAUCUGGCGCGACAUUACGGUCAAGCAGACGGGGCCCGUCGCCAUGAUGGGCCCGCUGAGCAUCGCCGUUGACGCGCCGCUGCCGAUUGGUGAGCGGGAUGCCACCGUGACGGUGCGUGUCCGGGCGACGAAUCUGGAAAAUACGACGAGCGUCGAGAUGGCGGCCAGAGCGGUGGUCUCGGAUCCUUCCGGGGCCGUGGUCGGCACGCAGAACCGCAGCGUGGUGCUGGCGGCGGGCGAGUCUCGGUACGUCGAGUUUAAGCAAGUGGUUAGGAAUCCCAAGAUAUGGUGGCCAAAGGCUUGGGGCGCGCAGCCGCUGUACACGGCCAAGGUGGACUUUUUCGUCGGCGGCGGCAGCGGCAGCGGCGGAGGCGGAGGCGGAGGCGGAGGGGUGGUGGCGUCGGACACGGCGACGUCGACGUUUGGCAUCCGCACCGUGACGGCGGCCCUCAACGCGCACAACGACACGCUCUUCACCGUCAACGGGCACCCGCUGCAGGUUCUCGGCGGCGGGUACAGCGCCGACAUGUUUCUGCGGUGGGACGCGGCGCGGUUCGCGCUCAUUGCGCGGUACGUGCUCGACAUGGGCCAAAACGCGAUCCGCCUCGAGGGCAAGAUGGAGCAGCCGGAGCUGUACGCCGUCGCGGACCGUCUCGGCCUGCUGGUGCUCGUCGGCUGGGAGUGCUGCGACAAGUGGGAGGCGUGGGCGUACAACCACGACCUGGCCGUCGACCCGCCGCCGGUAUGGGACGACCGCGACUACGCCAUUGCCAACGCGAGCAUCGUGCACGAGGCGGGUGUCUUGCAGACGCACCCGAGCGUGAUGGGGUUUCUGGUCGGCAGCGAUUACUGGCCCGACGACCGCGCGACGAAAAUGUACGUCGACGGGCUGAGGGCGGCGGGCUGGCAGGUGCCGAUUGUGGCGUCGGCGUCGAAGCGCGGAUACCCGGCGCUUCUGGGCCCGUCGGGCAUGAAGAUGGACGGGCCGUACGACUGGGUGCCGCCGAGCUACUGGUUUGACACAAACGAUGACGAUGGGAAUGGGAAUGGCAAGGGUCGCUACGGCGCCGCGUUUGGGUUUGGCUCGGAGCUGGGCGCCGGCGUGGGGACCCCGGAGCUGGGCAGCCUACACAAGUUUUUGACGGCUGCGGACAGGGAGGAUCUGUGGCGGGCGCCGGAUAAAGGCCUGUACCACAUGAACAAGCGCUCGCAGUUUUACACGCGCAGUAUUUAUAACCGCGGCCUGUGGGCGCGGUUCGGCGCCCCGACGUCGCUGGAGGAUUAUUUGAUGAAGGCGCAGCUGACCGACUACGAGGCCACAAGGGCCCAGUACGAGGCGUACUCGGCGCUGUGGAGGAGCGCGACGCGGCGGCCGGCGACGGGGCUCGUUUACUGGAUGCUGAAUAAUGCGUGGCCGAGCCUGCACUGGAACCAGUUUGACCAUUACAUGCGGCCGGCGGGGUCGUACUUUGGCACCAAGACGGCUUCGCGCGUCGAGCAUGUCGCGUUUGACUAUGUGAGUCGGGGCGUUUGGCUGAUUAACCGGUCGUUGGACCGGCGGGGUGCGCGGAGGGUAGAGGUUGAUGUGGUGGAUAUGAAGGGCAGGAUUGUGUCCCGUCAGACAAUGGCGUCGGCGACGGAGCCCAACACGUCCCGCAAGAUUGGCACGGUCGAGGGCUUGGAUCGUGUUGAGGAGGUGGUGUUUCUGCGGCUCCGGCUUUACAGGGACAACAACAACAAUAACAUCACCAACAACAACACCAUCACCAACAACACCAUCACCAACAACAACAUCACCACCAACAACAACAACAACAGGGCCGUUGUCAGCCGCAACGUGUACUGGCUCGGCCCCGGCGUCGUCGACGUGCUGGACUGGAAAAACUCGACGUGGUACCACACGCCCGUGAAAAAGUACGUCGACUACACGUCGCUGCGCAAACUGGAGACGGCGAGCGUGGACGUCAAGGUUGGUUCGCGGACGUGUCGGUCCGGGAGCACGACAGAGGGCGGCGGCGUCAGGGGCAGGCGCGUCAUCACGCUGCAGAACAAGUCGGGCGUGCCGGCGUUUUUUGUGAGCUUGAAUCUGGUGGACGCUGCGGGCGAGGACGCGCUGCCGGUGCUGUGGUCGGAUAACUAUGUGACGCUGUGGCCGAAUGAGACGCUCAAGCUGACGGUUGGGCAGUGGGAUGAUGGGGCGGAAGCGGUCGAGGUGAAAGGGUUCAAUGUCAAGACGACAAGUAUCAGCUUUUGA